AUGCUGUACCUCGUGGGUCUCGGUCUCUCAGACGAGACAGACAUCACCAUCAAGGGUCUCGAGGUGGUCAAGUCUGCUUCGAGAGUCUACCUCGAGGCCUACACCAGCAUUCUACUCGUCGACCAGACUGUCCUGGAAUCAUUCUAUGGACGGUCCAUCACAGUGGCGGACCGUGAGAUGGUCGAGUCCAACAGCGACGAGAUUCUGCGCAACGCCCAGAACGAGGACGUUGCAUUCUGCGUCGUAGGAGAUCCGUUCGGGGCCACGACGCACACCGACCUCGUCCUGCGGGCGCGCGAGCUCGAGAUCCCGGUGCGCACCGUCCCCAACGCGUCCAUCAUGUCUGGCAUCGGCGCCUGCGGUCUGCAGCUGUACAACUUUGGCCAGACGGUGUCGAUGGUCUUCUUCACGGACACGUGGAAGCCGUCGUCGUUUUACGACCGCAUAAAGGAGAACCGGUCCAUCGGGCUGCACACGCUGGUCCUGGUGGACAUCAAGGUCAAGGAGCAGAGCCUGGAGAACAUGGCGAGGGGCAGGCUGAUCUACGAGCCGCCCAGGUACAUGACGGUGGGACAGUGCGCGGCGCAGAUGAUCGAGAUCGAGGACGAGCGCAAGGAGGGCGUCUACACGCGCGACAGCCUCGCCAUCGGGGCCGCGCGCGUGGGUGGCAAGACGGAGAAGUUCGUGGCCGGAACGCUGGAAGAGCUCUGCGGCGCCGACGAGGAGCUCGGCCCCCCGCUUCACAGUCUCGUCCUCUUGGGUCGCAGGGCGCAUGAGCUGGAGAGCGACUUUGUCAGGCAGUUUGCCGUUGACAAGGAUAAGUGGGAUCGUGUGUGGAAGGAGGAGUACGGGAAACAGUAG